GAGUUUGUCCCGGGACAUUUGGAAUAUUUGGAAGAUGCCUUAAUGUGUCCUGACCUCCCAACUGUCUACCACACUUAUGCCAGUGACUACAGCAGCAUUGAUGACAGUGAAGGUGAUCAUUCUAAUGAUGGCUACAAGAACCACGGCAGCAGCAGUGAUCAAAGUGACAAUCAUUGCCAUGAUGCUGACGGCAGUGAUGUCUGCAACAAUGACAAUGUCAUCCUUCAGAAACAAGAAAUGGACCCUGGUGACUUGCACCUUCACAUCCUCCAGAGUAAGGUAGAAUACAACUACACAAAGGUGGUUGAAGGAAAUGGAAAAUCUGUAGAAAGGAAAGAGGAGCAGGAAGAAGAGCACAAAGAGUCCAAAGCAAGAAGUCGAUGGAAAGAUCGGGAAGAUUCACCCUCAGGCUUCACUUUGGUUGAUGGCAUCUCCAUGUCUACUUUAAGAGACCCAGAAAUAGGUGCUACAAAUGAACAGAGUUUUAAUGAAGACAUCUUUGACGUUCAUGAUAAUCUUCUCUUAAUUCCCAGUCCGGCUCUUGUUGAAAGAGUGAAACCUGAGCCCUGUGCCAGAUGCUGUCCAUGUUUUUGCUUUCCUUGCUUUCCCUGUUUUCAUAGAGUUUGGAAAUGGCUGGUGACAAUUUUCAAUGUGAGCAAGAAAGCGCAGGUAGCCAAUGGGCACUCAGAUUCUAGAGCCCGCCAGUGAUUUGCAAUGAUGCUAUCAAGGAGUUGAUGGUGACAACUAUUUGCACAUUGAUUUCUGGGGUUUUCCUUGAAUUCUCUUCCCCUUUUUAUUUUCUUUUUCCCAAGUGGCUAGCUGGGAAGAAGCCAGGUCUUGACACUAGGGAAGCCAGCUUCUCCCUUUUUGAGGUCACUUUUAAGAGGACUAUAACUACAUGUUCAGACCCACCUCCAAACAAUAAUAGUAAAUGUAACAAUUACACAGAAAAACUCAUUCUCAAUGAAUGCCAAUUUGAAGAUACAGGAGGUUACUAAGUUUUGCUGACAUUUCCCUUUCAUCCUUUUUGUAACAAGUCAUUUUUAAUUUGAAAUGCUUGUCUGGGAGGGGAUGCUGGAAGAAUUCUGGUGACGGAGAAAAACAUUUCAAUAAAAUCUAUUUUUGCACACUA